GCUUGCUGUUGGUAUUGUUUCUGUUGGUCCUUUUGAUUAUUAUUAAAAGAAAAUUACAACUUAGUCCAACAAAUAUACUUUUCAUAAUCAUUAAAUAUUUGCAACAAUCGAUAGUAUAUUUUUCUGAAAUUAUGCCACCUUGACAUUUCAUAACUCUUAAACACUUAAAUCAUGGAAUCUCCCAUCACUAAUGGUACUUCUCUUGUAGAAGAAAAUAAAGACAUUUCUUCGUUAUCUGAAGUGACGGUGAAACCUAAAAGUGAAGUAGCGAAAAUAGUUCCCAAAAAUUCAAGCACUUUUGCUGAAAUGAGAUCUGGUUUUUCAGAGGAAUUGACUAAUUUUCUAGUUUCUGGGGACAUUGAGAAAAUCAAGCUAAAAUGGAGCUCAUAUCAAGCGAAAGAUAUUACAAAAAGAGUAUCAAUGGAACAAGCAGUUAGAGACAAAACCGUGACGUUAAUUAAUAACUCCAACCAACCUAAGUACAUUGAUGAUUUAAAGAAGUUGUUAAACGGAGUGAUACUUCUGUGUAAAAAUGAACUUGCUACAGUGUUAUUUUCUGUUAAUAUUCUUAGUGACAUUAUAGAUACUUCAACUUUAGCCGUAUGUGAAAAGUUAUUUGACUUUAUUGAAGAACACCUACCGACAUGGAAGAGCAAUACUUUUUUUACAGCUUGUAAAAAUAAUAUUCUUCGGGUAUGCAAUGACCUACUACGACGAUUAUCAAAAGCACAAAAUACUAUAUUUUGUGGGAGGAUUCUUUUAUUUUUAGCUGUUUUUUUCCCAUUCUCUGAACGAUCAGGUUUAAAUAUUGUCAGUGAUUUUAAUAUCGAUAAUUUACACAAGUAUGAUCCUAAAUUUGAUCCAUCUGAAGAAUCUAUUGAAAUUGUGGAUGUUUCGACAAAGGUUGAUAAUAAUUUUCAUUCUAAGUUUUGGACUCUUCAAGAUUUCUUCAGGAAUCCAAAUCAUUGCUACAAUAAGACUCAGUGGAAGGAGUUUGUUGAGAUUACAAAUUUGGUUCUUGGGACUUUUAAGAAAAAUAAAUUGACAAGAGAAUCGGUUGACAGGCUAUGUCUGAAAUAUAGAUCUCAAUAUUUCACUAAAUUUCUUACAUCACAUAAACUACUUGUUCUUCAAUUAAGCGAUACAAACUUCCGAAGAACUAUUUGCCUUCAGUUGCUAAUGCUAUUUCAAUACUUGACUGGGCAGAUUAAAACAAAGCCGGAAAACAAUGAACUAUCCACUGAAGAAAAUGAUUGGAUCAAAGAAACAACAGAAAAAACAUAUUCUAUUCUAAAAGAUACACCCCCAGAUGGAGAAGAAUUUCUAGCUGUUGCUAAGAAUAUGAUAGUGAGAGAAGAUGAAUGGAGUAACUGGAAAAAUGAGGGCUGCCCUGCGUUGAAGAAGGUUACCCAGGAAAAUGAACUCUCGAGACACCCAGCUGUUGAGGAUAAUCUUGGGCAGAGGUCGUUUUCCAUUCUUACGGCUCAAGCUACCACAGGGGCUGACACCAUCUUUGUACCUUCAAAAACUGGUCCUCCACAAGCAAUGAGUUUAAAACAUACAUUUGACGAGUACAUAGCAGCAUUGACACCAGCUCCUCAACUCAAAGAUUUCUUGUCCGAAGCUAUUGAAGAAUCUGAAAGGAAAAUAGAACCAGAAAAAAAGAAAGUAGCGGAUCCUUCAUUUGCAUGGCUAUCGGUCAAACUGAUAUCAUUGAAAGCUCCAACAUUUUUUUCAAAUUCUCAUUCACCAGUUCCAAGCAUGUCAGAAUAUGUUGACAUCAUGUGUAAGAAGAUGUAUAGAGAUUUGAAUCCUGGACUACUUCUUCCUCCCAUUAUGCCUGCUCCAAAAUCUGCUGCAAUCAAGACGAAAAAACCUGGUACUAAAACUAGUGCUUCCACAAAUUCACUUACAACUUCCUUGAAAAAACGUAUGAAGAAAACCAAAGUAGAUGGUGAUAAAGCUGUUGUUAAAAUUGUCAAAGGAGGUGUAGUGAAACUUGUCAAAACAGCUAAAGGAAUCAAGGUAGUAAAGGGUGAUGAAUCAGAGUCAACUACAACUGAAAUUACUAAAAAUGGUUCAUCUAGUCCUCCAGAAAAGCCUGAAGAAUCAAAGGUCAUUGAAAAACCAAAGAUAGAAAAAGAAAAAGUGACCAAUAACACCCAAAAAGUUGUUAAGAUUAGUAGUAAUUCCUCAAGUGAUAAAGCAACUGUAAAAAAGUCUGAAAAACCCGUAGAAAGAACAAAUGAGAAAUCACCCGAUAACAAUUUUGUAAAGCCAACAAACCCUGUAAAAAAUGACAAAUACAAAUCAGAAAAAGUAGCUAAAUCACCAUCUCCAAAACCUCAGAAAAAGUCUGAUGAAAAAACAAAGAAAGAUGAAAAGAGAGUAGAGAAAAGAGAUGACAAGAAAAAUGAUAAGAGAGAUGACAGACGAGAUAGAUCAGACAGUAGAUCGCGUGAAAGGAGCGUAGAAUCUAGAAGAGAAAAAAGUGCUGACCGACCUAGUGACAAAGGAAAGUCUAUAGUGAAGUCCCCUGGCAAACGUAAAGCUUCUCCGAAAAGGGAUGACCAUAAAUCAAGCAAAUUAAUAAGGGAUGCCCAACUGUCGUAUUAAAACAAUAAGCCUGGAGUUAUUGGAAAAUUUUAUAAACAUAAUUCUGUUAUACAAAUAUCAGCCAAGGCCUUCGAAGUUCUUUUUCUUGCCUACUUAAUGAUUGUAAAAUCCGAUUUCAAACUAAUAUAUUAUUAAAUAAUGAUUGUAACUGAAUCAAGUAACAUCUGAAGGCGUCUUGUGAACCUUGCAAUUUGCAUUUUCAUGCUGAAACCAUUUCCUCAUAUUAUUUACUUAUGAUAAUUAACUUCUGUGGAUGAUCAGCCUUAAAUCUGGAUCACAAGAAAUACUAAUUGAAAGAACCUUGGAAGGAAUUAGAAGAUUUCAGUUAGUUUAUUUGUAUCAAAAUGUUUUUGAAUGUGAAUAGUUUUCAAAAUUUAGAAAAUAGGUUUGUGAAUUGUUUUGCAAAUUUUAACCAAUAAGCUAGGUAAUUAUAGAAGCGUUUGUAUUGUUAAGAUCUUUAAAUCAAUAGACAUGAUCCAAAAUGUUUUGUAUGUGGGUUUUUCUGUUCUCAGGGAUCAAUUUUUUUAUUUUUAAGUUCUUUAAUGUAUUACUGUACAACUUAUACAUUUUUAACUGUUCAUUAAUGCAAUUUUGUUAUACAAUAAUACAACUUAUACAUUUUUAACUGUUCAUUAAUGGAGUUUAAUUUUGUUAU